AUGUCAGCUGGCAUCAUGUAUGACGAUGAAAUCUCUACUUACGAGGCUGACAUGCAGAGCGUGACGAGCUAUACCUCUGAGUUUGGGCAAACCGCACAAAAGAAGACUCAGAAACCGCUCAACUUCCCAUUCCUUUCAAAAGAGGAGAAUGAGAAACUUACGCUCGAAAUUGCCAAGCUUCUGUCCUCCGAUCACGGUAAACCCAUCAUGCGGGCCGUGGCUCAAAGGAUUAACAAGGAUAUCAAGACUAUCAGCCAGAUGUUCCUCACGAUGUUGAGGCGCCUGAAGAAUUUGGACGAUAAACGCUACAGCAGCGUAAGGUUUCACGAAAGAUUUGAGGGUGUACACAAGGACUUCAACACCACAAUUGACAAUAGUCGAAUAAUUGCCCAGAAUAUUGGUACCUAUGCAGAGGACUUUGAGGACCUGAUUCGGCCACUUUAUGAAGAUACCAGCAUUUCUGUAGACCAGAAGAAAGAGCUGAUCCAGGCCUAUAUUAAUCGAGCAGAGCAACAAGCGGAGAAAUCUAAGAAGGAGAAAGAUGAGUUUGAGAAGCUUCUGGCCAGGUUCAACAUUCUGGUUGACGACUUCAACAACUUUACUAAAGAUGACCAGAUCAUCCUCGAGGUCGAGAUAGCUCACCGAAAGGACAUGGGAGCAAAGAAGGCAGAGAUCAACGGCUAUAACGACAGGCUAGCCGAUAUGAAAAAAGCUCGAGAGGAAUUGAUCAAGAUGGGCGAAGACAACUUCUUGCUGAUGCAAAAGAGCCUCUACUCCAUAAUCAUGAUCUGGGAUUCUGCGAAGAGUGACGCCACCGAGAUUGUGGAUAUGCUCAGUAAGGCAAUAAAAAUAGCCAAUGUCCCAUUGGGAUUGAGAAUUUUGCUCAAAAACCCCGUCAGUACUUUCAAAUUGGUUGCACUCUACUUUCGCGGAUACGCCACUGGCAGCACCAGGGAGUAA